CAGCAGCAGCAGCUCUGGCAGCCUGCGGAGGGCGCGGCGGCAGGUUGUCUGGAUGUGGUGUCCAGAAAGAAGAAGAAAAAGAAUGCUGAUUCCUAAAUGAGUAACCAGGAAGCAAAUAUUGAGAGAUCAAGUGGCAUAUCUCUACUUUUUUAAAAAUUGGAGCAAAUAUUUUCAGAAAUUGGAGGGAAGGUCACAGGGAAGGACACAGGUGCGGUCAGGCAUCACAGCUCGCCCAGGUCACACGUGGCCAGAAGGUGGACUUGGGGAUGUGCACACAAUGACGGACAGCAAGGACUUAGAAGCCGAGAUCCACCCCCUGAAGGACGAGAACAGGAAGGUGCAGGAGAAUCUGGUAAACCCAGCGGGAAAGGAAACCAGCGUGAAGCCGCCCUCACAGUCCCAUCUCUCCCGGUGCCGGACAGUGGCCUUUUUCCUUUCGCUGUUCAUCUGCCUUUUCGUGGUGUUCGUGGUUUCCUUCCUCGUCCCGUGUCCAGACCGGCCAGCGUCGCAGGGGGUGUGGAGGAUCGAUUACAAGACGGCAGUCGCCUGUGACUUUCUGGCCACAGAGGACGUGAACAAGGACAGGAUCCAGGAUGUCCUCUUUCUUUAUAAAAACACCAACAGCAGCAGCAACUUCAGCCUCUCCUGUGCUGACGAAGGCUUUUCCUCCCCCUGCACCUUUGUGGCCGCUGUGUCUGGGGCCCAUGGCACCGUCCUCUGGGAGAGGCCUGUGGUCCAGGACAGGGCCCUCGUGGAAUGCGGCAUCCCCCAGCCGAGGGGCAGCGGGGCAUCUGCCUGCAUCAUCCUUGGCAGACCUGGCCCCUUCAUCGCGGUGGACUCGGUCACAGGGGAGACCCUGUGGAGCCAUCCCAGCAGCUUUGGGGGAAACGUGUCCGUCCUGAGCCCUCUGCUCCGGGUCCCCGACAUCGAUGCUGAUGGGGCCCCAGACCUCCUGGUCCUCACCCAGGAGGAGGACCAGGUCAGUGGCUACCUCUACUCAGGCAGCACCGGGCAGCAGGUCGGCCUCCCAGGCAGCCUGGGUGUGGGCGGGACCAAUGGCUCCAUCCUCCACGUCACCAGGGAGGGUGCCCACUACAUCCUCGUCCCCUGUGACACCUGCCUCUGCAGCCACUCAGUGAAGGGCCUAUACGAGAAGGCCACUGGGAGGGACAGCCCGCUCAAGAGCGACCCCUUCUGGGAGGACAUGCUCAACACCACCUCCCACAGGCUGCACACGCACAGCAUGGGAGCCAUCCGCUACCUGAUGAACGUUCCAGGGAAGGUGGGCCAGGACCUGCUUCUUGUGAGUUCCGAGGCCUGCAUACUGCUAGAUGGGCAGGACCUGGCGCCCAGGUGGACCCUCAGCGCAGCCCAGGUCCUCAGAAAACCUGUCCUUGGCUACUACAAACCAGACACCCCAGCUGUGGUCAUUGAGAACGGGACCAGCUCCAACAGACAGAUCCUGCUCCUAGACCUCGGCUCAGGGGCCAUCCUGUGGGGCCAGGCCCUCCCGGGCCUCCCUGGGGACCCGUCGUCCGCCAGCCUGCCCACUGCAGACCACCGCUCUGCCUUCUUCUUCUGGGGCCUCCAUGAGCCAGCUGGUGCCAACCAGACGGAGCUUGGAGCCACCGGGCACCACCUAUACAUGUUCCAUCCCACGCUGCCCGGCAUCCUGCUGGAACUGGCCAAUGUCUCCACCCCCAUCGUCGCCUUCCAGGUGGUUCUGCUUGAGCCGAGCCGCCACGCUGCCUGCAUCCUCCUGACGGGCCCGGCCAGCCCAGAUCCACCCGGCCUGGUCUCUGUAGCCAAACACAAGGUGCGGGACCUCGUCCCAAGCAGCAGGGUGGUCCACCUGGCCGAGGGUGGCCCUGACAGUGACCAGGCCGUCAGGGACCGGUUCUCCCACCUGCGGUACCGGAGUGAGACCUAGAUGUGCGGCAGCCAGAGCCCGAGGGAGAGACGGCUGCUGAAGUUUCAUGUCCUGGGAAGUCGGCCCUUCGCUGGCUUGAUCUGCACGCCGACUCCUGACCUGGCGACACUCUCCACGGGGCCCCAACACCUCAAGGACGUUCCGGGGCCUCUCCCUUCUCCUACCAGCACGCUGGGCCCUCACUCAGGUCCCCACUCCGAGCCCCGCUGGCGUUGCCCUGGGCAGAGCCCAUGCUGGCAGCAGCUCACGCCCACUCCUCCACACCUGGCCAGAGCCACCUUCUCUGCACUGUUUCCCUGGGGUCAUGGAGCUCAGAGGGUGGUGGGCCCUGGGGUGGCCUGAGGCAGUUCCACACCCCAGUGUGGUUGGUGGUGGCUUGCCGUGGAGACCCUGUGAUGGGGCCCAUGAGGAAUGGGACUGGGAGGAUGUGAUGGGUGGGCUGCGUGGAGCUGUGAGGGUCCUGAGGACCCAGCCCCAGGAUGCGCCCUGGGGUCAGUGUGCACCCUCGAUAUACACUGGGGCUCCUCGUCCCUAAGGGGUCCCUGCACCCCUGGGGUGUGGCCACUGGCCCCGCCUUCCCGGUGCUUGGACUUCCCCUGCAGUUGGUGUGACCUGAUGCAAGACUCACCUCUGUGCCUUGGUCGCCCCAGACCCACCCGGUGCUGUGGGGCUCUGCCAUGACCGGACAAAAGCGAGCAGCCAGAUGACCCUGGGUACCUCGGGAAGAGAUCAGAAUAAACACUGGUGUUGC